UCUACACUCGUAGACCUCCAUCCAUUCCCAAUGGAUCUCAUCGACUUCCUCUACAUCCUCACAGCCCUCGCCCUCGCCGCCGCCUGGUGGCACCACUGCUCCUCCCCCUCCUCCGACCUUCCUCCCGGCCCCCGCGGCUGGCCCGUCGUCGGCAACCUCUUCCAAAUCGUCCUCCAAAACCGCCCCUUCAUGUACAUCGUCCGCGACCUCCGCCGCACCUACGGCCCCAUCUUUACCCUCCGCAUGGGCCAGCGCACACUCAUCAUAAUCUCCUCCUCCGACCUCAUCCACGACGCCCUCAUCCGCCGUGGCCCCACCUUCUCCUCCCGCCCUCCCGACUCCCCUACCCGCCUCCUCUUCAGCUCCGGCAAAUGCACUGUCAAUUCCGCCCCCUACGGGCCCCUCUGGCGCACCCUCCGCCGCAACCUCGUGUCCGAAAUCGUCUCCCCCGCGCGCGUGCGGUCCUUCUCUUGGGUGCGGGAUUGGGCCCUCCGGCUCCACCUCAGCCGACUGAGCGCCGCGCGGCCGGUGGUGAAUCUGAUGCCGCAUUGCCGGCUGACGAUCUGCAGCAUACUGGCGUGCAUUUGCUUCGGGGCGAAGGUGGGGGAGGAGAAGGUGAGGGAGAUAGAGGAGGUGUUGAAGGAUAUAAUGAUGAUGACGACGCCAAAGUUGGCGGAUUUUUUGCCGGCGCUGACGCCGGUGUUUAGGGGGCAGAUGAGGGAGGCGAGGAGGCUGAGGGAGAGGCAGAUGGAGUGUAUGCUGCCUCUGGUGAGGCGGGUUGGGGAGGCGUAUGUUGAUUCGUUGCUGGGGAGGGAGGUGGAAGGGAAGGGGAGGUUGGGGGAUGAGGAGCUGGUGACGCUGUGUUCGGAGGUGAUGAGUGCGGGGACGGAUACCAGCGCCACCGCCAUUGAAUGGGCCAUGAUGCAUCUUGUCAUUGAUCAGGCCGCGCAGGAGCGGGUCUAUAACGAGGUGAAAAUGACUAAGGGAAGGAUAACCGAAGAAGACGUAGAGAAAAUGAGCUACCUUUCAGCGGUAGUGAAGGAAACUCUCCGGCGCCACCCGCCCAGCCACUUCGUCCUAUCACACGCGGCGACGAGAGACGCCGAGCUUGGAGGCUACCGCAUACCGGCGGCGGCCAGCGUCGAGUUCUACACGGCGUGGGUGACCGAAGAUCCAGACUUGUGGAAGUCGCCGGAGGAGUGGCGGCCGGAGAGGUUUAUGGAAGGCGGCGAAGGGUGGGAGACGGAUGUCACCGGAACAAAGGGCGUCAGAAUGAUGCCUUUUGGAGUUGGCCGGAGAAUAUGCCCGGCGGCGACGUUGGGGAUGCUGCACGUUCAGCUUUUGCUGGCGAAUAUGGUGAGGGAGUUCAAGUGGUCGGCUCCGCCGGGGGAGAAGGUUGAUACGUCGGAAACUUUUGCUUUUACUGUCGUGAUGAAGAAAUCGCUCAGGGCUGUCAUUCAGGAAAGGGUGGUUUAGGCGUUGCAGUAUGUGGAAUGGAGCAAACACAAUCAGAGAGAACAGUUUAAAAAAUUUGGGGAUCAGAGAAGCGAUAUUUUCCAAUUAAUUUACUUCUGUUUCUUUGUGUCGAUGAGUAUAAUCUUUUUUUUUUUU